AUGUCUAUUAAUACUGCAAAAGAGGGCCCAAGGGAGAACUACUACGUCCAAACCGUCAACAUGGACCCCCCAGCACCCCCUGCACCACAGAUGCAGCCCUUUCAGAGGACGUAUGGUAACCCUGCACCUUUUGGUAUGCUGGCUUAUGGUACCGUCUUCCUGUGCUCGUCAGUAUUGACGCUCGCCUCCAAAAGCGUUGGUCGUCCCAACUUGGUCUUGGUUUUCGCCACCUUCUACGGUGGCAUCUCACAAACGCUUGUGGGCAUGUGGGAGAUGUUCCUUGGCAACACGUUCAGUGCAACAGUCUUUACUACCUACGGAGGUUUCAAUUUCACUUUUGGUGCUCUCUACCUCCCUCAAAUCGGCCUCGCGGCUGCAUACACUGUUGACGGGGUUGUUGGGCAGGAGUUCUACAACGCCAUCGGGAUCUACCUCGCCAUCUGGGACUUGAUUAUGUUCUUCUUCUUCCUUGGCGCACUUCGUACAACCGCCCCCAUCGUUGUAACGCUCGGAUUCACCAUUUGCGCGCUCACUUGUCUUUCCAUAAAUGCUUUUACCGGCAACCCACAUUUUGCAACUGCAGGUGGUGCUCUUGGCAUCAUCGCUUCCUUCGGUGCAUACUACAGCGCCCUCUCGCUCUUCUGGACCCAACAAACAACGUUCUCGUUUAUUCGCCUCCCUCUCCUCAUAACAGCCCCUUCUAAUGUUUAA